AUGGAGGGGUUUUCUUGCUAUCUACCGGUAGAGAUUGUGGAACAAAUUAUGCUGUGGCUGCCUCCCAAGUCUUUGAUGCGAUUCAAGUGCGUGAGUAAGUCUUGGUGUUCCCUUAUCAAUGGUUGUAUCAAAGAUCCAGAAUUUGUGGCAAAGCACCUUCACAACACCAACAAAGACAUAACUUCUAGAACACGCCACAUUGUUUAUUUGUAUGGAUUUUCCUACUUUAAGAAUAUGUACUCAUUGCUUAGUACGUACACUGAGUGUGAUGAUGGUGAAAAAGAAACCAUAAAGUUUGACGCCGAGUUUUUGAAUUUAUCGAAUUUUUUGAAUGGUGAGAGGUUUGCCUUUCCUGAGUAUUAUCAUUGUAAUGGCAUAAUCUGCCUUGAUGGUUCUAAGGGGGACAUGCUGCUGUGCAAUCCGGCAUUGCGUGAGUAUCUGCUUGUGACAUCAGGUAGUGCAAGCUUAGGAAUCGGAUUUGAUACUGAUUUGAGCAAAGGAAAAGGAUUUGGCUAUGAUUCGAGAACUAACGAAUACAAGGUUGUUAGUAUUUUAGAUUUCAUUGAUGAUAUUGAUGGACCAAAAAGACAAACUUGUCUGGCUGAG